CAGGAAAUCAUGGAUCACGGUCGGUUGGUUGCCGAUUUCGACGACGACGAGGUCCUGCCGGGAGAGGCGAUCGAGACCGACGCCGACAGGAGCGCGGGGGGACCACGCCCGGCAAAGAUUCAUCGGGCUUCCAAAGCCUGUAUCCAAUGUCGCGGUCGUAAGCAGAAGUGCUCGGGACCUGGCGGUGGCAGCGGCGCCGGCCUCUCGGCAUCGGCACCGGAAGACCAAGCUCGACGACCCUGUCGGCGAUGCGCACAGUCGGCCGUUCAGUGCUCUUUCACCACCGCCACCAAUGACCAGGGAUUGGAUGAUGCAGAUGCUGCCAGCCGAAACGCCCGCAAGCUUGAUCGACUGCAGAAGCAGAUGAAUGAGCAGAACGAUCGCAUCAACCAACUGGAGACCACCGUGCGCAAUCUCAGGACUGCCACAACUAUCGUCGCACAGGGGGGCAAAACUCCAGGUUCGUGCACAAGUGGGACGGAUAUCACGAACUCGCAUCUACCGCAAACGAUGAUCGGCACUCGCAGAUCGUAUGAUGAGGUCAACGAAUUAGCAAUACCUCCAAUUCCAAAGCGAGCAAGGAUCCGUAAGGACGGAGUGUUCGCCAGCGGGCCCGCGAUGUUCCAGGAUGGUGGUCCAGGGCGCCGAAGCGAUGCUCAGGGUGUAGUGGACUUUGGUACACCUAUGUCGAUGCUUCGUCAUUUGCGCCACGACAACAGUGACAUGAGCAUGGAGAACGAGGCACUAGAUCCAAUAAUGUGUGGUGUCAUGUCAACGGAUCAGGCCCAAGAAAGCUUCGACACGUUCUUCAAUCACUGCCACAAAUGGGCUCCGGUGCUCUGCCCACAAACCCAGACCUCGGCGGCCGCCAUCCGCCGAGCCUGCCCGACGCUGUUUAUAUCCGUCUGCUGCAUAGGAUAUCGCUUCACCAAUACGUCUACCCCCGAUGCGCAACGUCGGUACAUGGCUCUCGUCUCGCUUCUUGACCACUCCCUGAGCCGUCUCCUGCUGAGGCCAAACCUGGCCGACGUGAAUCUAGACCAUAUCCGCGCAAUACUCCUGUAUAUACAGUGGAUGCCGAUUGAUAACAUCAGCAACCCUUCGCGGUCGACCAGAUAUAAUGCCAUCUCGGCUUGGAGCAUGCUGGGACUGGCUAUCCGCUAUGCCCUUUUUCUCGGGCUGCACCAGAAUGCUGUACUCCCUUUUGACUCGAACGAGGGUUCAACGCCAACAUUGGAGGAUGUAGGCCGGUUGCGUGUCUGGAUCAAUUUGCUCACUUGCGAUGCUGCUUUGACACUUUCAAGCGGUCUCCCAGCGACACUGAACCCAGAUCCGGUGGUGGCGGUUGUUGAUUGCUUCAGAUCACAUCACAGCGCGAGUCAUCCUGACGACACGAGGAGUUCGGCGACAUGCGAACUAGUCUCUAUUCUCAAACGGGCCGUAAGGCGCAGUGGAAGCCCCAAUGCGCGCUCCCUAGAUGCCGCCUGCUUGCAACAGGUGAAUCUGGAACUGGAUACAUUUGAGGCGGACUGGAACCCCGUCAUUGGCGACCAAAUCCAGCACUACCAAAUGCCUUUCACGACUUUGCGGUCUUAUCGUCUCUCCAUCAAUAGCGCCUGUCUUACGCCGUUGUUGCGCGCGUCAGGAAGCCCUGGUCGCAUAUCUAUCUACAUGCUCCAGGCUCUGGAAGUCAGUUUACACACAGCGGCCCUUACUAUCUUCGCGCUCUCCGAACAAUCCACACACCAGCCGUGGGCAAACUACAAGACGGUUGAAGCACUGCCGACGGGUAGCUACACACCCGACAUGGACGCCAUCAAUCGCUUAAAAUAUUCAGUAGACUCGACAUGGAUCUCGUACAGCUUUGCGACCAUGUUUCUCGUCUUGUGUUACAAAAACGACAUUGUCGACGAAGACUUGAAAAUUUUAGCCCUUUGCUACAACAAUGCCAAAAUCGUGACAUUUCCCCAGCAACAGACAACUUCCUCGUUGCUCUUCCGCCUGAUCUCGUUGGCAGUGCAGAUAUUUGAUCUCGCAAGCACAGACUUGCUGGCUCAUCUCGCCAUGGAUCAAAAGUCUCUCUUGUCUGGUGUAUUUGCCGUUGUUCUUGGCGAUUUGGCUACGGAAGACGAGGUUCGUUCCGAGACGCCGGCACCUGCUCCGUAUUCCGAUCGAGAUGUAGAAGCCCUCUUUGAUUCAAUGGUGAAUGGUAUGGACCUGGGCUGGUGUGUCGAAUAA